CGAAGAAGAAGGGAGACCGGAAGUGACGUUGUUUCGCAAGUAAAAACAACAACGCGCCAAAUUUGUGGCGAAUACACUGUUGUCAUUGCUUCAGACACAUGGAGAAGUCCGUCUGAUCUUUACGAAUACCUUUUUGGAAACGCCGCAGGCUGUGCAGCAUGGCUGUGCCGUUUGUGCAAGACUGGGACCUUGUUCAGACUCUGGGAGAAGGAGCCUAUGGAGAAGUUAGGCUGCUGGUGAACAGACAGACAGAGGAGGCAGUAGCAGUGAAGGUGAUCGAUACCGCUCAGGCCAAAGAGUGUGCUGAAAAUGUCAAGAAGGAGGUCUGCAUCCAUAAGAUGCUCGACCACGCCAACAUCGUGCGUUUUUUUGGCCACCGGAAGGAAGGCACGACCAUGUAUCUCUUCCUGGAGUACUGCACCGGAGGAGAGCUGUUCGACCGAAUCGAGCCUGAUGUUGGGAUGGCAGAAGAAGAUGCUCAUAGGUUUUUCCAGCAGCUAGUAGCGGCCGUGCAUUACCUCCACGGUUGUGGGAUCACCCACAGAGACAUAAAGCCGGAGAACAUUUUGCUGGACGAAAAAGAUAACCUGAAGCUGACGGACUUUGGGCUGGCCACCAUGUUUCGUUUCAAAGGACGAGAGCGUCUUUUGAGUCGACUCUGUGGGACUCUUCCUUACGUGGCUCCGGAGCUUCUCAGCCAAAAAGAGUACAAAGCUCAGCCUGCAGAUGUCUGGGCUUGUGGGAUUGUCCUCACUGCUAUGCUAGCUGGAGAGCUGCCAUGGGACCAGCCCACUGAGAGCUGUCAAGAGUAUUCAGACUGGCUUCAAAAGAAAACAUACCUACCUCCUUGGAAGAAAAUACAACCACUGCCUCUUAGUUUGUUGUCCAAGUUACUGCUGGCAGGUCCAGAUGCUCGCAUCAGCAUAACAGACAUAAAGAAAGACCGCUGGUUUACUGAAGGUGUUAAGCAAACACCUCUGGGCUCAAAAGGAAACAAACAUCAUCGAUCAGAUUCCGGACUCAUAUCCCGGGCCAACAGCGAUGACAGGAUGCAGUUUUCCAGCUCUCAGCCUGAUUUUGCGGCACAAGGCUGGGAAGCCAUGUUGAUUAUCGGCCAAAGCGACGGCCAGGUCAGCUUCUCUCAGCCGACCAAACCCGAGCACAUGUUGCUGGGGAGUCAGCUGAUGGGCACACCUGGAGCCAGUCAGUCGGCUUGGCAGAGAUUAGUGCGGAGAAUGACACGUUUCUUCACCACUGUGAAUGCCGACGUCUCCUUAUCUACCCUGAAAGACGCCUGUGACGGCCUGUCCCUUGGCUUUAAACUCACCUGCAGCAAACAGGUGACGGUGAGCACGCUGGACAAACGUAAUAACAAACUCAUCUUCAAAGUCCACUUGUUAGAGAUGAAUCAGAAAGUGCUGCUGGACUUCCGACUGUCUAAGGGUGAUGGUCUGGAGUUCAAGCGUCUCUUUGUGAAAUUAAAACAGAAGCUCGGAGACAUCAUCAGCACUCAGAAGGGUUUACCCCCCCUCACAUGAACAACCUCUACAAAGAGAUGCACACUGCUAUGGACGUAUGGAGGGAAAACAUGUAUAUACUUAGCUGUUCUAUUGAUAUUUUAUUUGUAUACUGCUGUUUUCUUUCUUUCAAGUGUUUGUGUUUGCUCCUGUGUUCUUUAUUUCCCCUCUUUAAGGAGUUUGUUGUUUUUAGUUUUACAAAGUAAUGAUUGUCAAAGGUCAAAACAUGGAGAUAGAAGCAUGUUUGUUCUUGUUGUGUUUGACAUGAUACAGUCAAAAGUGUUGAAUAAAUGAUUUUGUUUCACAUAAAAACAAACAUUAAAAUAU